AUGCCGCGCGCCGAAGCCGGAAGCACGAAGGCGAUCAGCAACAAGAUGAAGUCCAAAGGCUUAGGCCGACUUCGCUGGUAUUGUCAGGCCUGUGAAAAGCAAUGCAACGAUCAAAACGGAUUCAAGUGCCAUGUGAACAGUGAAAGCCACACGAGACAGAUGCUCCUAAUCGGCGAGAACUCCAAGAAGCACAUCGAAGAGUUCAGCCGAGACUUUUUACGGAACUUCGUUGAACUUUUGAGAACAACACACGGCGAGAAGAAGAUACAAAUCAACCACUUUUACCAGCAAGUUAUCCAAGAUAAAAGCCAUAUUCAUAUGAACUCCACGAAAUGGUCAAGCCUGACACAGUUCGCCUCAUAUCUCGGACGGGAGGGUAUCUGCCGCGUGGAGGAAGGCGAGAAGGGAUUGUUUGUCUCUUGGAUCGAUAACAGCCCCGAAACCAUGCGCAAGCGUGAAGCCGUCAUGAAAAAGGAGCGACAGGACAAGGGUGAUGAGGAGAGGGAACAGCAGCAAAUUCAAGAACAGAUCGAGCGGGCCCAGCGCAGUGCAGCCAACAAGACAGAAGAGGAACCUGAAGCGAAAUUGUUACAGCGAAAGGAAGGCGAGAAGAUAAAGCUAGAUUUCGGAUUUGGCUCAAAGCCAAAGACAGACGCAAAGCCACCCUCACCUCCAACUACAGCCGAGUCCCCCGAGACAAAGGAUUCUCCCACACAUACCACUGGUUCUCCCACUCCACCCGCCGAAGUUGCAGCACCGGCACCAGUCAAAGUCUCGAUGUCGAUGGGCGCACAGAAGCCCAAGAACGUGUUUGCUGCUGCUAAGAAGAACCCCUUGGCUGGCAAGAAGGGCUCCGUGUUCGCUCCUCCUAAGAAGAUGACUGAGCAGGAGAGGAUCAUGAAGGCUGAGAUGGAGGCAAUGGAACGCAAGCGGUCGCACCCAGGCUCUGGCUUCAAUAACGCCAAGCGUCCCAAGGUCACUUGA